UGGAAUCAACGUUGGUAUCGUCAGUUAGGAGAGAAAGAGUUUAAACAAAAAAAAAGAAAAAAAGGAGGUUUCUAAAAAGAUUUAGAACCAUUGAUUACAUUGUUAAAUCGACUAUGCACUGGCCAGGUAAACAGGAUACAGUUCACGUCAAUACCUGGGAUGUCGUGUAUGGUUUCAUCUUAUCCCAGGCGAAGCCUCGUGUUGGUAUGGUGGUAAGGGAAAGAAUUUCAACUUGACUGAAGUGAUGGCACAAGCAGAAUUAGUCGUGUGAGUCUCAGCGAGCACAGCAUGAAAAAUAGGACGAGAAACACUAGAUAAUCAGUCAAAGUUCCAUGUUCAUUGGCUCUCCACUAGCAGAGUGGUUACCGACGUAUUGGUGUGAGAGACCUGGAAAGGCUUGAGCCAUGAGUUUGUAUUCAGCUUCACGUAGAGUUCUCUGCUCAUAAAGCCUGUGAGAUACCAAUUAGUAAGUCAGGACCAGAACCACAUUUUGAUUCGUAAUCGUAAUGAAAUCAGGAAAAACAAUGGAGUCGAUGUUCUAGUGGAGUCUUAUAGAAAACGCCAGGAAAAGAAAACGCUAUUAUGUAUUUGAAUCUUUGAAUAUCCCGCAAAAUGAUUUGACACAACAAAAUGACAUUUUCAGUGUCUGGGACAUGAAUUUUCUUGCAAGUGUUUAGCCCUUUUUGAAUACUCCAUAAAUGAUUUUGUUGAGUAAUUCAGAUAAGCCGUAAAACAAGACUCCUGGAAUCUGUUCCCUGUAGUCCUAUGAGUUUUCUUGUACUGCAGAUGAAAAGGAUACGCCUGCUUAAUGUGCCCGUAAUUCGAGAGAGGCGCCGCCUGCCGUUGAUUCUUCGGAAGUGGGAUAAGUUCCUCCUGAUUGGGCUCUGCUGCUUCUUCACCUUGAUCUUGAUACCCAAUAACGACGUGCUGCACGUGACCCUGCGAUGGCGUCACGUGAGCAGUAUGACUGUGAUGUCGGAUAUCCAAGAUGAUCAAACUUUCGACGCGAGGCAGAAACCCCAGUACGGACAGCUCCAGGAAUACAAUCUGGUGCAGCCUCAGAAAAGAGAUUUCUCAAGAGGCCAGUCCGUAAUUAUUGACCAACUCUUGAAACACAAGAAGGAUGGUUUCUUUGUAGAGAUUGGUGCCGGAGAUGGUGAAACUGAUUCAGUGAGUCUGUUCUUUGAGAGGGAGAGGUCUUGGGAUGGAGUUCUGGUGGAGAAGUCUGAGGAGAAAGCAGACAUCUUGAUCGCCAAGAACAGGAGAGCCAUCUUGUGGAAUCUUAACCUGCGCCUCGACUCAACGAAUGUCUCUUUCUCUGCCUCUGACAUUCGUCCUAAAGACUUAUUUCGACUAGUGAAUAGGCCAAGCUUCGAUCUUCUAGUAGUGAAUCUGCCAGAUCAAGAGUAUGAACUCAUUCAGUCCAUUGAUUGGACUAAUUACACAAUCGGAGUUAUCAAUGUAGUGCUCAGGCUGGACUAUCCGGCGGAUAAAUACUCACAGCUAUCGAACUAUUUACAGAGCAAAAGCUACCAGGUUUAUCACCAUCUGAUGGAUGUGGAAGCGGAUAAAAAAGACGUCAUUUUUAGCAGAAUAUGGCAUUGAAAGGAUGCGUCUGGUGGAUUUGUAACAAGAUAACAUUCCUGUGAUGACACGGCUUAUGUUAAUGAUUGCAGUGGUCGUUAAAAAUUCUGCCAGAACACUCAUGUAAAUGUAUACAGUUUUGGAUUACCAGUGUUAUUUAUUGUAUUUAUGUUGAUUUGUUAAACUGGUGUUAGGAAAAGGGGAAAUUCUUAGAUUUGUUGAGCAAAUAAUUAAAUACAGCACGGCUUAAAUAAUAAAAUAUCUUUUUCCUUAGCUUCAGCGAUACAGUCUUUAGAAAAUAGCUUGCUCAAUUUCUUUCAAAGUGUUUACUAUCCUUCUGGCUCUGUCUGUCUGUCUGUCUGUCUGUCUCUGAUUUAUAAUUAUGUAUUGGCAGCCACUUAAGAUAUUGCAUUUUGUUUUUCGGCUUGGAAGACAUUCGCCUUAUGAUUAUGAUAAUUAUGAAUGUGGACUAUGCCUAUAGGUCAGUGAGAAUGAUUCCAUGUUUGAUUGAACCAAACAGAUUGCCAUGACUUCAAUCUACUAGAGAAGCAAACAAUCACAUCAGAUUUUUCCCUUUCAGAUUUAGUGAUCUAUAGGAUCAUCCGUUUCUGUGGCCUACGGUUAACGAUUUAGUUAGCUAGAUUUGGUCUGGCGAUAGAUAUAGUAGGUUGACUGGAGAUAGAUUUAGUAGGUUGGCUGGUGAUAGAUUUAGUAGGUUGGCUGGCGAUAGAUAUAGUAGGUUGGCUGGGGAUAGAUUUAAUAGGUUGGCUGAAGCUAGAUUUAGUCUGGCGAUAGAUAUAGUAGGUUGGCUGGGGAUAGAUUUAGUAGGUUGAGUAAAGAUAGACUUAGAAGGUUGACUGGCGAUAUAUAUAUAGUAGGUUGGCUGGGGAUAGAUAUAGUAGGUUGGCUGGGGAUAGAUAUAGUAGGUUGGCUGGGGAUAGAUAUAGUAGGUUGGCUGGGGAUAGAUAUAGUAGGUUGGCUGGGGAUAGAUUUAGAAGGUUGGCUGGGGAUAUAUAUAGUAGGUUGGCUGGGGAUAGAUUUAGAAGGUUGGCUGGCGAUAUAUAUAGUAGGUUGGCUGGGGAUAGAUUUAGUAGGUUGGCUGGGGAUAUAUAUAGUAGGUUGGCUGGGGAUAGAUUUAGUAGGUUGGCUGAAGCUACAUUGAGUAGGUUGGCUGGGGAUAGAUAUAGUAGGUUGGCUGAAGCUACAUUGAGUAGGUUGGCUGGGGAUAGAUUUAGUAGGUUGGCUGAAGCUACAUUGAGUAGGUUGGCUGGGGAUAGAUAUAGUAGGUUGGCUGAAGCUACAUUGAGUAGGUUGGCUGGGGAUAGAUUUAGUAGGUUGGCUGGAGCACUGUGUGUGAUCGCCUCGUCAAUUAUAAUGUAAUAGUUUUGAUGGAUUCCAGCUUUUCCACACGAAAUACUUUAAGAAAUGAAGAGUGGUCUAAUGACUUCCAACAUUUGACAUGACGUCAACGUGAGUCUUGUUCUGGUUGUUUCUAUUUUAAAUAUAGUCUGAUUGAUAGCCUCGGAAAUGUCGAUUUGUUGAUGCUGAUGUGUAGCGCAUAAUUUAUUUGAUUUAUCACCUCACUAUUUGUGAUUUAUGUUAAGCCUAUGAAAGUAAAGGCGACAGAAAUGUUUAUUGUUUAGAUUCCACGGAGAAGAUGUGUAUUUGGUUUCUGGUUGACUAGAAUUAGCGAGAAGAUUUUAUUUCGACAUUUGUGGUGCACAUUUCGAUUGGUGAUUAGUAGGUUAUUAACUGUGUGUUUCACCUGUUGAAAUCUAUUUUCUAUUUGGGUGAAGGAGACUUAUAAAUUAAUGAAUGGAGGACAUUUUACUCACACACACACACAAACGUGUAGGUUUAUUUUGGUAUAUGUGUUUUAAAAUACGUGUAUGUGUGUGAAGACAAGCUUGCAACAUUAAAUGUGUUUUUUUCGUUAACAUAAUAUACUGAUAAUAAUGCAAUAUUUCUGCCCAUGUCUAUAGACUCUAGACAUAGUUAUGGCCCUUGUACAAUUAUGGAUUGGUUGUUAUACUAAUGCUGAACAAAAAAACAGAAUAGUACAGGCCUGUGUUGUGUAUUAAUCGUUCGAUCUUCUAGUUUCUGCAGCCAGCCAUUUGUUCAUGAACAGUUCCUGAUGGGAAGUCACAGUACAGUAACAUACACGUGUGGUUUUCGUUCAAUACUUCUGGAAGAGAAGGAUUUGAACCUCUUAAGCCCUCACACUUAGUUGGAUCACAAUGCUAUAUGAAGGAACAUUUUUUAGUUCUUUGUUUUUAAAUCAUAAAAGUGCAUUUAUUUUACCUACUGGAUAGAUCAUAUGUGGCCAGGUAGUGAAGUAGAUAUCCUUCAGACACGCUAGAGAUGGAUUGGUCACACCCUUCGCAAGCCUGCAUCCAACAUAACAAGGAAACCCAAAAGGAAAGAGGAAGAGAAGACGGCCCAGGAAUACAUGGCGCCGCGAUUUGGGAGCAGAUGCCAAGCAGAUGGGCAAGACGCGGGGACAGUUGGAGAGACACGCCCAGAACCGAGACGCCUGGAAGAAGCUGGUUGGUGGCCUAUGCCCCCAUAAGGGACCACGGGCAGAGAUGAGACGAGUGAGUUGGGCACACAAUGCGAAGAACAGCAGGCAGCAUAGCUAGACAGGCUCUAGACUAGCAAGAUAGGCUCUAGACUAGCAAGACAGGCUCUAGACUAGCAAGACAGGCUCUAGACUUGCAAGACAGGCUCUAGACUAGCAAGACAGGCUCUAGACUAGCAAGACAGGCUCUAGACUAGCAAGACAGGCUCUAGACUUGCAAGACAGGCUCUAGACUAGAGCAAGACAGACUCUAGACUAGCAAGACAGGCUCUAGACUAGCAAGACAGGCUCCAGACUAGCAAGACAGACUCUAGACUAGCAAGACAGGCUCUAGACUAGCAAGACAGGCUCUAGACUAUCAAGACAGGCUCUAGACUAGCAAGACAGGCUCUAGACUAGCAAGACAGGCUCCAGACUAGCAAGACAGACUCUAGACUAGCAAGACAGGCUCUAGACUAGCAAGACAGGCUCCAGACUAGCAAGACAGCCUCUAGACUAUCAAGACAGGCUCUAGACUAUCAAGACAGGCUCUAGACUAUCAAGACAGGCUCUAGACUAUCAAGACAGGCUCUAGACUAGCAAGACAGGCUCUAGACUAGCAAGACAGGCUCUAGACUAUCAAGACUCUAGACUGGAACCUACAUGAGAAGAGGAAGGCUUGAAGACCGAAUCUAACAAGGAGAGAUCUGUAGACGAAGAAGCAAAGAUGGCAGGAUAGGCAUGGACCCAACUUGGCAGGAUGAACAUGGACCCAACUUGGCAGGAUGAACAUGGACCCAACUUGGCAGGAUGAACAUGGACCCAACUUGGCAGGAUGAACAUGGACCCAACUUGGCAGGAUGAACAUGGACCCAACUUGGCAGGAUGAACAUGGACCCAACUUGGCAGGAUGAGCAUGGACCCAACUUGGCAGGAUGAACAUGGACCCAACUUGGCAGGAUGAACAUGGACCCAACUUGGCAGGAUGGGCAUGGACCCAACUUGGCAGGAUGAACAUGGACCCAACUUAAGGGAAUCAUCCGGGGCCAAGUCCGGUGGCGAAGUACUGUGUCAGCCCUGUUCUCCAUUGGGACUCAAAAAGAUUAAGCCAAGUAAAACAGCGCCCCCGUAACUUACGACAGUUGGAAAGGUCAAAGGUCACGUGGAAUCACAGGGGAGAUCAUGUUACACAAAACAAAAUGGCGGAGAGUCCAGACCUAUAAAUAUACAAUCUGGACUAGGUCUAUGUCACUGACAAAUAUUUUCAGAUUUCUACAUCUGGAUGUCAUCUAAAUGUAGACUUCACUACUGCUAAAAAGGACAAACCUAAAAAAAAGUUUGAAUUGCCCCACGAGACCAUGAACGUCAGAGGAAACACUGAUCAUUCCACAAUCAAAUUAUGACUAGAUUCAAUCUAGUAAUAAUUAGAAGUGAUAUUGAGAUGUCAGCCAUAUUAUUAUUUCACGAGUUCUUCUAAAGCUAUGAAUACUAAAAUAAUUGCACAGCAUUUAUGGCUCCUUCUUUUAUAUCGAAACUAUAGGAAAUGUGUUUCAUUUAUACUCAUAAGUGCAUUGUCUUUUAGAUGAAGUGCGAAUUCCCAGAAUUUGUCACGACUUUUGUGUUUUCACUAUCGAUUUCGAUAGCAUGUUAAAAAUGAACAGGAAAUAAACUGUCACGUUGGCCAGUGUCUAAAGUUUGUGUGUCUUGGGUGGAACGCUAUUACGUGUUAAGUUUUUGACACUUUUUUUUCUCAAUGGAAGUUACUGUAACAUUCUAAAAGCUUCUCGAAAAUGUAAUAAAAAAAAAACAAAACAAAAUUCUUGGUCAAAAAGUGACAUAUGAUCUAUGCCAUUAGAUGUGUGCGUCCAAGAUUUGAGCUUGACUUUGUUUGGCUCCUGACACAAAAUAUGUGCCUACGUGCUUUAAUAAAAUGUUUUCAGUAUAUUGCUUUUAAUUUAUGAUCUCAUGUCAACUGUAUGCCAUGGCACUGUAUUCCUUAUUGUAUCUCUGAAGAGCAGUGGAAAAGUUGAGCUCCAGAAAUGACGCUAGAGAAUUUAGAAGUAUCAGAACUAUUUUAUUUUGAUUGCAUAUGGAUGUUUGUUUAUUACAUUUGUUUAUUGACAUAAGCUAUUAUCUAUUUACUAACUUGUGGGGAUUUGGGAAAUACUUGCAUUGUUUCAAUUUUAAAUGUUUUCUUACAAUUUUUAUUAUAUAAUCAUUGAUACAUUUUUCACUUUAAAAUGCAAGAUUUAGCAACAAAGAUGCAGGAGACUGCACAAAUCUAUCUAGUGGGUUCCUAGCUAUCUGGGUUUGUUUUUUUCCAUUUGUUAUAAAAAAAUUAUUUUAUAUAUGCUGGUUUUUUUUAACGGAAGAUAAACAAGCGCCAUGGUUUUGAUGUAUAACCAAUGAAAUGUGAACUCUCGAAGCCAUUCCUUUUUCUCUGCCUAGAAAUGCACUUCCAACAAAAAAUUACUUUGAAUUUCGAGAGUAAACUAAAAUUCCGUCAAAAUGGCAGAGUUGUGAACCAUGAAUGAACUAGGUCAAUUGAAAAUGUUCUUUUUCCCCCUGCAAUCUUACAUUCCAUCUCAACAAAGCGCUUUAUUAUUUCAUUUGUUCCGUGUUUUUCACGAGCGCAAUUGUAGACACUUGUACACACCUGAUAGUGUCAUUAGGUCAUAAAAGCCUCGUCACUCUAAUUCCAUUGAAUAUUUAUUAAUAAUAUAAUGAAAUGAUUUUUUCUUUUUCUUUGACCUCGACAUUGCUGACUUGUCUUUUCUUGUCUUACUUUGAUUUUCACCUUGCUGGGUUAAACUUGUUUUUUUACAAAAGUGUUUGUGGGUGUGUCCUAUAUUUUGGGAAUGGAACUUCAGUUUGUAUGCUGUAGCUACCUCACAAAGUCCUUGUUUAAAAAAAAAAUGUUAAUCGUUAGAGUUUAGGCCGAACUUAGGCUCCGCCUCUGAAAUGAUACCCUCCACUCCCUUCUCCGUCCAGCCACACCUAUGAACACACAUUGAUUUGUUUUUAAAAGCAGUGAAUCACCUGAACGCACCCAUUGUCUCUCGUGACAGGACAUUAAACACAAAUUUAAAGUGUCGGCAUUUCUCAGCUCAUAAAAACAGUUCCCAGACGACAUCCCCCUCCACCUCACAUCAAAGCUACACCCCAGGCUUUCACCGAAUCCCCCCCCCCAAUACACACUUUGUCCGUUAGUACGACAUAAAUAGGGCUGCAAUAACGAUAACUCUGGGCGAGAUCUUAUAUCUACUAGCCAUUUUUUUUUUAAUUGAUUUACCUUGUGUGUGUGUGUGUGUGUGUGAAUAGGUCUGUGAAUGUGCGUGUGAGCUAAAGUUCAUGUGUCUGAACUAUAUAGCUUAUUAUUUAUUGAUGAACUUAAUCUGAAGAGUACAUUCCCUUUAGAAUUGUAUCUAAAAAUAAACUUGCCUACGAGAAUUCAAAUUCUAAUACAAUAAAGAGUCAUAUUUCAUGUAAAUCAAUGCCCCUGCAUCUGUUGCUGACCUAAAACAGUCUUCUGAUAUAAUGUUUUUAAUUACAAAUGUAUUGACACCAGA